AUGGAGAAGAAUCUAUUUGUUGUAGAGGAAUUUAAAGAUGAUGUACAAGAGAAUACGGUCAACGAUAAUGUUAUAGAACAUCCAUACGGUAAUCCUGCAAAUGAUUCAAGUGAUGACCCAGUUGUAGAGGAAAUUGCAGUCAAUUUAGUCCACGGUCCAUGUCCACUUCACGUUUUACAAUAUGCUAAUAAGCCAAAAAAACUAGGUAGAAGGCUAAUAGAUCAUCCCCCAGUCAAAGAAGUUCGUUACAAGGAAAAGAGUUCUCUACUGGAGAUGGAUAUUCCUCUCAAUACGGAAUAUUUCUUUAAUACAGAUCGUGCCAAGGAGGAAUGGAAUGAUGUAGAGGUUCAGACCUUGAGGGGAGUUGGUGUUCAGAAUGACGGACAAUACGUUGGAUUAAUGCAUGACGGAGAAUUGUAUUUGCUUCCGGUCGAAAGCGUGGCGCAGAUGAGGCCGUACUUCAAAUACAUAGAUCAAAGCCACCAGCAACAACAGAGGAGACAGGAUGAUAUGAGCGCUAGAACUGGUUCGAGUGGGUCGAAUGGGACGGCUCCUAAGGCCCAAGUCGUGACAAUGUCUGUUAAGAGCUCUAGUGAGGCUAAUCAGAACCGGUUGGGUGGCUCGUUGUUGGCGCAUCGGAUUGCAGAAGACGAACAGAGCCAAGAAUUUGCAUGGAAAGAGGACACUAUUGAUAGUUUUAUGGCCGAAAUCAUCACUGAGGAGGCUCGUGAACCACUGAAACCUCUGGAGGACGCUACGGACUACUUGAAAAAGCUUAUAUAG